AUGUCAGCAUCACACUUGGCACAUGAUGCAGAUGACGAGGUGGAAAAUAUACAUGCGACACCAGAUGUGACAACAUCCACAUCGGUGAACACCAAUAGUGAACAGUCGUCAAAUGAUCAUGGCACCAACAGUGAGGCUGAAAGUAUUCAGGCGGCUGCAGCGCGAAAGUUACGUCUGAGAGAUGAUCUAUUAUGGAAGAUGGAGUUUGUCAAUGGUGGACGCGUGGAGCUUCCACUUCAUGACACACUCAUACUUGGACAAAGGAAGCGUGGAUAUGUAUUGAUGAAUCAACAGACCUCAUCAUCGUCAUUAUCAUCGGCUUCAUCAAUAUCAUCAGACAAGGAUACAUUUGUGUAUGAUAGCAACAUUGAAGACAUUGAUCAUACAAUGGGCAAACAACUCCUGACUGAGGCUGCGAACGCAGGCAACCACAAAGCGAUGUACAUACUUGGCAACAUGGAGGAGUACGGCCAGACAGGAUCAAUAGACUUGGAACAGGCUGCAAUAUGGUAUAGGAAGGCAGCAGACCUGGGGAAUGACGAUGCUCAGACUGCCUUGGCCUUUUUAUACUCAUCUGGAAAGGGCGUGCCAUUGGACGACAGCCUGGCUAUCCUAUAUUACAACUUUGCCGCAGCCUCUGGCAAUGUGGCCGCCAAGAUGGCUCUGGCCAACCGCUAUCACAAUGGUAUUGGCAUGAAAUCAUCGUGCCGAGCGGCAAACACAUUGUACAAGGAGGUGGCGAGACAAGUCGUCGAGGACUACGAGCAGCGUGGCUUCAGCUAUCACAUGUACGCGUGGCGCUUCACCGACCAGGCGGUGCAGGAGCGCCAGGACGAGGACUCAGUCAUCGAGUUCCACAGAUACCUCGGCUCAUCAGGCGAUGGCAACUCGCUCGUGGCGCUGGCCACUCUCUAUCUCCAGGGCAUCAUGGCCGUGGAGCAGGACUACAAGUUGGCAUUUGAUUAUUAUCAGAAGGCUGCCAACGUUAACCAUCCAGCAGGCUACACAGGCGUGGCAUUCAUGUACAGCAAGGGCUAUGGCGUCAAUCAAGACUACGUCAUGGCGGCCAAGUUCUUCUCAAAGGCCUAUCAGAUGGGCCACUAUCCAGGCCUCACUGGACUGGCCGAGCUCUAUCUUAAUGGAUGGGGCGUCGAGAAGGAUGAGCAAAAGGCCUUCAAAUACUUCACCGAGGCCGCAGAGAAGGGUGACAAGACCGCCAAAAUGUACUUGGGCAAGAUGUACAUUGAUGGCGUUCACGUCAAAGCCGACGAGAGCAAGGCAAUGGUAUACUUCCAGCAGGCCAUCACCAACCCUGUGGCGCUGUUCCACGUGGCUCAGAUAAUGACUGCGGACACGCCCGUCACCUGUGCGACCACAGUCAAGCUCUUCAAGAUCCUGGCCGAGCGCGGACAGUGGCUCACACAAAUGACACAUGCCAACCAACUCUAUGACGCCGGCGACCACCAACGCGCACUCUAUCUCUUUGAGAAGAUUGCUGAGCUUGGCAUUGAGAUGGCCCAGAACAACGCCGCCUACAUGUACGACAAGGGACUGGGCGUGACAUCUGACAUGAGCCAGGCUGAUCAGGACAGAUGGGCCAUGCACUACUUUGCACUGUCGGCGAAUCAAGAGAACGGCUACGCGCAACUCAAACUUGGCGACUACUAUUACUAUGGACGUGGCUCGCCCGUGUCCUUGGAGAUGGCCGCAUCGUCCUAUCAGCUGGCCAGUAGCAUGCACGACUCUCAGGCCUACUUCAACCUGGGCCUGAUGCAUCAAUUUGGACAAGGACUCAAUCAAGACCUGUACCUGGCCAAGCGUUACUAUGACCUGGCACUAUUCCAUCAACCCAAGGCCUACAUCCCAGUCUACACGGCAUUGGUAGGACUCAACCUCCACUUUGUAUACAAGUACUUCUUUGAUAAUCCAAGCUCAAGAGGUCUGAUGGACAUGCUCUCUGGUGCGCCCACCAAUGUCAUACCGACAAGCACUGGUACAGGCAAUGCGGCAACACAACCAGCAGCUGAACAAGUGAUCAGUAGUGUUGGAGAGGACCAUGGAUUGCCCAUACCCCCAUCCGAACCAUCAAAGUCAAUCACCUAUUAUGUAUAUCGCUACUUUGAGAAAUAUGAUACAGUGAUCAUCCUGUUGGCCCUCUAUCUGAUAGUUCGUGCAGUCAACCAUCGACAACAAAUUGUACAACAAGGACCUCAAGCUCGUCCACCUGUCCAGCAGCAACAGCAACAGCAGCAACAGCAGCAACAGCAACAGCAACAUCAACAUCAACAGUAA